AUGUCAGGUAACGUGCACGAGUAUAACGACUACCUGAGGAAGCUUGGGAAUCGCGUCGAUUACGUCUUCCGCCAACAGACGGGUGAUACAAACAGGCAUCUUUUCGACGAUUUCGAUGGCACACGCGAUGAAAUCAACAGAGUGCGUGCUGGCGAUCACGGCAUCCAUCUUGUCCCCGCCGCCAAAGCAUCGAGUGUGAACAACAUCGUAGUGAAGGACCUUGGUACGAACAAGGCGACUGGCGAUCAAAUGGAGUCAGUAGAUUGGGCGAAGACAGCAAACGAAGCCAGAUCCAGAGGAGAUAAUGAUGUCACCAACCGUAUUAGAGCAUUCACCAACAGUUUCUACCACGCCGCCGGCCCUGGUUCUGCGAGCGCAAGACAGCAUUUGCAAGUCUUCAGGUCUUACAAGUAUAUGGAAGAUCGGGCGAAGAAAUGUGGAAGGAGGACGUGA